AUGACGAUGUUGAAGCCACACUAUAUGACACUAUCAUGCACCAUAACAAAGUAUGCCAGAAUAUAUCCCGCCUUUCGGCCCAGCCGCCCCUCGCCUCAGCCGCCCCUCGCCCCAGCCGCCUCUCGCCCCAGCCGCCUCUCGCCUCAGCCGCCUCUCGCCCCAGCCGCCUCUCGCCCCAGCCGCCUCUCGCCCCAGCCGCCUCUCGCCCCAGCCGCCUCUCGCCCCAGCCGCCUCUCGCCUCAGCCGCCUCUCGCCCCAGCCGCCUCUCGCCCCAGCCGCCUCUCGCCCCAGCCGCCUCUCGCCCCAGCCGCCUCUCGCCCCAGCCGCCUCUCGCCUCAGCCGCCUCUCGCCCCAGCCGCCCCUCGCCCCAGCCGCCUCUCGCCCCAGCCGCCUCUCGCCUCAGCCGCCUCUCGCCCCAGCCGCCCCUCGCCCCAGCCGCCUCUCGCCCAAGCCGCCUCUCGCCCCAGCCGCCUCUCGCCCCAGCCGCCCCUCGCCCCAGCCGCCUCUCGCCCCAGCCGCCUCUCGCCCCAGCCGCCUCUCGCCCAGCCGCCUCUCGCCCCAGCCGCCUCUCGCCCCAGCCGCCUCUCGCCCCAGCCGCCUCUCGCCCCAGCCGCCUCUCGCCUCAGCCGCCUCUCGCCCCAGCCGCCCUCGCCCCAGCCGCCUCUCGCCCCAGCCGCCUCUCGCCUCAGCCGCCUCUCGCCCCAGCCGCCUCUCGCCCCAGCCGCCUCUCGCCCCAGCCGCCUCUCGCCUCAGCCGCCUCUCGCCCCAGCCGCCUCUCGCCCCAGCCGCCUUUCGCCCCAGCCGCCUCUCGCCCGCCAGCCUCGGAUCCCUCCCUGCGUGCGCGUCGAAGUCUCCCUCAUGAAUAACGCAGCAGGUCAUCGCAGGAGGCUGGCGCGCCCCGUGACAGCCUUACACAACGGCGACCGCAAGCGACCAGCUCUGAGGCGCGAGACGCAAGCUGGCUGUGACGUCUGCACACAUUCGACUCCUUGGGGCGGGGCUCAGCGAGGCAUCGGCUCCAAUGCCAAUCGGCCUGAGAACCAAGUCACGAACUUCGCUGAGCAACGUGGGAAUAUCUCGACGGCAUGA